AGAGCGGCGAUCUGCGGGCACCAGUAGCUGAGCUCUCUAAAGUAUUUCUGCCGCGCCCUGGCGCGGGUGCUGCUUCAGAGCCUUGGUUACGAUCUCCGGAGCCCAGCUGCCGCUCUCUGCGGGGAGGGGCAACCCAGCCGGGGUCUUACUUUAGGAGCCCUCCCAUGGCUUCCCAGGAGAGGGUGGAGGCAGUGGCCAAAGGAACAGGGUUCUGGCGCUGCCCCAAGCCGGCCACUUACACCCCAGGGACCUGCGAGCUGCUCAGAGUGAUGAUGAAGGAAUCCAAACUGACAAACUUCCAGCAGCGCCACAUCAUGGACACCAUGAAACAAGGAGACACGCUCCCCCUGCAGUGCAGCCCAACUUCCAGCCAGAGGGUUUUGCCUUCCAAGCAGCCAGCCUCGGCCAUCUACCUGCCUCCCAUCCUGGCUGCCCGCUCCCACCUCCGGCCUGCCAGCAUAUGCCAAGCCAACGGGGCCUACAACCGGGAGCAGUUCAAGCCUCAAGCCACCCGAGAUCUGGAGAAGGAGAAGCGAAGACUCCAAAAUAUCUUUGCCACCGGGAAGGAGCCAGAGGAACGGAAAAGAAAGCCCCCUCCUGUGCGACAGGAGGACCCAGCCCCUGAGCUGGACCGGUUUGAAGAACUGGUGAAGGAAAUCCAGGAGAGGAAGGAAUUCCUGGCCGACAUGGAGGCCCUGGGGCAGGGCAGACAGUACCGAGGGAUCAUCCUUACUGAAAUCUCCCAGGUAGGAGAAGGAACUGGGAAGUGGUGGGGGGGAUGCGCCCGCUGUGAGUGUGGAGGACGAGAUGUGAGCAGACAUACAGGGUCAGCUGGGGCUGUCUCGGGAGUCCAGCUCUAGCCUCACGUCUGUGGUGGCUCCUGCAGUUCCUUUCCUGACCCCCAGAUUUCCCUGACGCCCUUUGCAGAAACUACAGGAAAUGGAAGACAUUGACCACAAGAGGAGUGAGGAACUUAGGAAGGCUCUUGCCAGCACUUAAUCUGCCUCCAGAGGGGGCGGGGGAGCCCAACCUCCAUGCUGGAGCCCAACCCCUUGCCGAGCAGGGUCACUCCCAGGUCAGCCCACCCACCCUGGCCUUCAGCCAUGUAAACGGUUGUACAGCACUGCCCCCACCUAGGGUACCCCGGACUUAGCACCCUAGAAAAUGGACCACGUCUCAGAAAAUGAGCCGAUUCUCCUCAAGACUCUGCCCAGGGAUCCAGGGUCAGCUAAGCCUCUGAGACCAAUCACAGAUACAGACACACACAGACACAUAAACAUACACACAUUUCUUCUUGGGGGAAGAGCCCCAGACACAGUGAAAGCAAGGUCCAGGUCCCACCAUCUUGGGUGUGCAUCUAAGGACGUCCACUGGGCCCUCUUCCCACCACCUCACCCACUGUGUGUCCCUGUGUUCUGCACGUUAGGUUUUCUGAGCUUAGUUAUGAAUAUGAUUCCUUUUUCCUACCUGUCUUAGGACCUACUUAUUUGACUUACAGCCUUGGGCAAAUGUUUAACCACUAUGAUUAACUGGCUAAUAAAACACAUGUAAUGCAGGUCAUUACACACACCAUUUUGUUUUCAGAGGGAUAAGGCUUAUUUGUUCAGGGAGUUAGAAUUUUUCAAGCCCAGUUGGUUUCCAGCUGUUUGCACAUUUCAAGUGAAAAUGGAACCCAGGGUCCCGGGGCACCCAGGGCCGGGCGCUGCGGUAGGUGCCAGUGUUCCUCUCGGCUGAUUCUUUCAAUAAACACCUGCGAUGGCUCGUUUUCCCUGGAUGAAAACCAGGGCUCACAAAGACAGUAUGACCAGUCAUUCAGCUAGCAAGUAGCCUCCUCGGGAUUAAAAGUUAGCUUUCUGUCUUUCCACCAAACACACAGCCCAUAGAAAGAAACCCAAAGGGGUAGGAGGGACCCAGACUGAAGGGGCCCCGCUUUGGAAAUUCCACUCGCAGCCCAUGCGGUCUGAGCCCGGCAGCCUCAUCUCCGACGGCUCGCCUGUGCGGCCUGCCCCAAAGGGCUGCUGAGGAGACAUCCGCCCAUAGCACACGGCAGUGCCCAUGUCCCUGACAACCACAAGCCUUUGCUCUCCAGUAUUGUCAUCUUCCUUUCCCCAUAAAUCAAAGUAUUUCAGAAAUUUCAACCAACCCUCCCACUUGGAAGGAUUCACAUAACCCUCUCAGGCCACGUGAUCCAGGUUUGGGUUUGCAGAAUAAACACGGCCCUGCAGCCCCAAACAAAUGAACAGAGAAGACCAGAUCAAGGGCUGGGCUCCGGAACAUUCCAUGGGAAGCCUGUGUCCACACACCCUCCAGAACCUGAGGGCCGAGGGCACAACAUGAGGACGGCCGUCCUCCACCUCGAAGGCCCCAGCACGUAACCCAGAGGCAGCGAACUGGAGAACCCAGGACAGCCCAGGACAAAGUCAGCCCACCCACGA